AUGAUCCUGCCUAGGGAACAAGAGCCUGGAGUCUCUCCUGGAGUGUCGUCCACGGAAAUGCAACGGCUUGGCAUAGAGACUGAGAACACCUUGACCAGUGCGGUGCCUGUGAGUGCGGCUGAUGUUGGAUCUCAUCAUUGGAGAGAAAUCUUAGGGUACGAUGCGGCUCCUCCGAGGCAUGGAACGGGGAGAGAAAAUAUACUGCCUCAAGUCAAGCUGGAGAUUCAUGGAAGCAAUCGCAAAUUUGCCACAUCUCAAUCGCCAGUCGGUCCCCGGGGCCUGAAAGGAGGGAUGAUGAGUGCUUCUCGGUCAGGUCUUGACUCAAACGACGGAAGCGAUAGAGAGUCCAUCAGUCCUUCCAAUGAGAAAGCUGAGACUGUGGGGAGCGAAGAGAAUCAUAGGUCGCUGGCAGUGGAAAAGGACAAGAUGAAGCGAUUUCGGUUAACGCACCGUCAGACUCGCUUCCUGAUGAGCGAGUUCACUCGUCAGGCACACCCAGAUGCCAGCCACCGAGAACGCCUGUCGCGAGAGAUUCCAGGCUUAACGCCGCGUCAAGUCCAAGUGUGGUUCCAGAACAGGCGAGCAAAGAUCAAGGGUCUAACGACAAAUGAUCGAGAGAGGAUGCUCAAGUCGCGAGCUGUCCCGGAUGACUUUGACACAACCAAAGUCCUGUGCACGCCGUUUGAAAGCAAAUCAAUGCAUCAGACUCCCGUUGUAUCGCCACAAGAUUACGGUGUGCCAAAUCCAGAAUUGGGGACGUUGAGGACAUUAUGCACAGAUUGUUUCCUGCGCCCAAACGAAGACGACUACCUUGUCUCAACUGUCAGUUCUACAUUGAACGCAAGAACAUGCAUGUCUUAUGCUGGACGGAGUGGCGGUCUGCACAGCCCCGGGAUGAUUGUGGGUCGAUCUGCUGCAUCUGCGUCCAUGUCUGAUCUGCACCGAAGGAGCCGCAACGACUCUGUGAUCGCCACAUCCAGCAGUCUACCGGAUGUGUCCUCUCAGCCCUCUUCCGUCCGUCCAGAGAUGCAAGUGCACGGCAAUUUUGGCCCUAAUUUAGAUCCCUCUGGGUUGCCCAAUAUGCGAUCGAUGGACUACUGGAUGCCGUGGCACCCAGGUGGGAUAAAGGCACCCUAUGGCUCAUUUAAGAGCUCAGUAUGGCCAACAGAUCCUCAGGAGAUGCAAACAGCCCAUGCUAUGAGUAAUACGGAAAUAAGCUCUCAAUCACAAUGCUACGAGUCACUGAGGUCUAAAAUCCCACCGCAUGGAUGGCCCUUCUCGACCCUGCAGGCUCUCCCAGUCUCCACGUCGCAGGAAUACCAGCCAUUCUCAUAUGCCAGCCGACAGGAGCCAAUGGGCACCACGCCCUAUACACAAUCCAACGCCUCCACUGUCAGUCUCCCGGCAUCGGUUGUGCAGUCCGAGAUAGGAUCCUUUUCUAUUGGUCAGAUGUAG